AUGGCCCCUAUGCCUUUGCUGUCUUACACAAAGCUCGAGUGUAGUUUCACAUACACUGCUGUGGACAGACUUAACACAGGUUUCCUUUUCCUGUUCUUUUUGUGUGUGUGUCCAGUUAACACUACACUGUUUAUACAGAUGGGUGCAAAUGCUGUGCUGUGCUGCCCUGCUAUUCCAGAGACAAAAGCAGUUUUAAUAGCAUGUGUAAUAGCCCUCAGAGGCCAGCCUCCCUGCAUAAUAUCCUACAAAGUAGAUACAAAGGAGAUCAAUGAAACCAGUUGUAUGAACAGAAGAAUCACCUGGGUAUCCACACCUGACCAGAGUCCUGAGCUUCAGAUCAAUGCAGUGGCUCUCGAUCAUGAUGGACUUUAUUCAUGUGAAGUAGUAACAGCUCAGGGGAAUUUCCUAAGGAGACAUGACCUCCAAGUGCUAGUGCCUCCAGCAGUAACCCUACUUCCAGGGGAAAACAGAACAGCAGUUUGUGAGGCACUUGCAGGCAAGCCAGCUGCACAGAUCUUUUGGACUCCAGAUGGGGAUCACAUCACUAAGAAGGAAUCACACAGCAAUGGCACCGUGACUGUCAGGAGCACAUACCACUGGGAGCAGAACAAUGUGUCUGCUGUGUUCUGCUUUGUCUCCCAUCCGACUGGCAACCUGACUCUGUCCAUAGAGCUCAAUCAAGUUACAGGUGUCACCAGCGUGCUGGGUUCCCUGCUGACUAUUCUCUAUGUGAAACUUUUCCUCCUGGGGAUUAUUCUGCUCAUCCUAGGAUUUGCUUUCUUCCAGAAGACAAAUUAUUUCAGAAAAUGAAAAUCUAGAUUUCUGAAGCCCAUUAGUCUGAUGACACAGCACAAGAAAACAGCCAUUUGCCAUCACCUUUCUCACUGACAUCCAGCCUACCUGCUCCUGAAGUCUUCAUGUUUGUCAGAAGUCAUAUGACAGCUGACGGUCUCACAGUAUGACUAUACAGGAAAAAGCUUGGGUCUUACUGCCAUAUAUGUAUGAAUGGCUCUCUACUCUCUUCUUUCCCCACUUCUCAAACCGAAGAAGAAGAAGGCUUAGCAAAUGGUGAGCAACCAUGCUGGAUAGAUUUCUGUAUCCCACAUCCUCCAGGUUAGCUUCUACCAACUUCCUGUUCCUAGCACAUUUUACGUGAUCAUAAAUGUUACACAGUCAGAUACCAUGACAAGGAACACCUUCAAGUUAGCCACUAGAUAGCUUUUUUCCUUGCUUGCUACCAAGUAACUAGACAGUUGUCUUUCUUAAAAUUAAUUAGCUAGGAACCAUUUUUAUACAUAUCUCUGUAGUUUAGUAGGUGUUAAAAGUUGAGCCCAGAGAAAGCACUGCCAGUGUCAUGGAGAUAACACUGGAAAUCCCCUUACUGUUUAGAAUCUCAGGGUCUCAAUCCCCUUUGCUGUCUCCAAUGUGAAUACAGUGUUUGGGGUUGUCAACGAGGGCAAGGGUAACAUACUGUUGAAUCCUAACAACUGUAAACCAAGACCUUAUCUUUCCAUGACACAGAUAGUAGUCCUAUUAAAAGAA